GAAAGAAGAAAGGCAUAGAUUACUGGAUUUCACUAGAAAAAGGCCUGUUGGGCCUAAAAGCCCACACUUAAGCCCACUAAGCCCACAACGAUCGUACACAAGACAGAACUAAUCUCGAAAUCGGAUUUCAUUUUUACUCAUUUCACCGUGUCCGACGGAAAUGGAGGAACAGAACGACGCCGUUAGUUUGUUCGACGGAUCUGCUCACUGGUGGUGGGCGAUGGGAAGCGGAGCUCAGAUCAUGUGGGGAGUGAGAUGUAUUCGGAGAGGUUACGCCGGCGACUGCCGUUUAAUGCCGGUCAAAGCCUUCGGAAUCGCAUCGCUCUUCGUCGGCGCGUUAGCCACAAGCUCCGUCGCGUUUCUCAGCGCGUCAGGGAUCCACACGGUCCAAGAUGCGAUUGUCAUGGGAGCUAACAUUAGAACGAAUCUUGGAAUCACUCCUCAGAUACCUGAUAAGCAGAUCACUGAGGCGGAUGAUGCAUCGUGAAAGAAUGUGGAGUUUGGUUUAUCUUAUAGAAGACGAAUCAAGGAACAGAUUCAAGACAUGAUACGCGCUUCAUGCAAACGACUUUGUUAGUUGCUGUAAGCCAUUCGGCGAACUGUGUGUGUCUAUGUCUGAAAUUGCAGUAAAGUGUUGUCUUAUUUUUUGUGGAAGUGGAGAGAUGUCAUAAGUUAGCUAACAGAGGUUGUAAGUUCUGUCCUAGUUCAGAGAUUUUAGCAGCAACCAGAGAUAUUAGGACGACUUUUUA